ACUCGACAUCUUGCACUGCUAACAUCAUGGCUCAAGUUAACGGAAACGCACCGAAAAUCACACUAUACACGAAUCACAAAUGCCCCUAUGCACAUCGCGCGCAUAUCGUGUUGAAGGAGUUGGGGUUGGAAUACAAAGAAGUGAUUAUCGACCUGGACAGGCCAAGGGAAGACUGGUACCUCAAGAUCAACCCACGCGGCCUUGUCCCCGCCAUCGACUUCAACGGCGAAAUCCUCACCGAGUCUGGCAUCGUCGCAACCUUCCUUGCAGAUGCAUACCCAUCGCACCUCUUCCCCGCCGCGGGCAACCCCAAAGACGCACUGACCCGCGCCCGCAUCAACUUCUUCGCCGACACUUGGUCUUCCAAAGCCGGUAGUUACUGGUUCCAGAUCCUCAAGGCCGACGGCGCGGAGAAAGACUCACUCGUGCAGGCCUUCGUCGACGUCGUUGGCAAAGAAGUAGAGCCCUUGCUCGCUGACGCUGCGCCGUUUUUUGGCGGGAGCAAGCAGGUCACGCUCGCGGAGGCGAUGACUGCGCCGUUCAUUCUGCGCGCGUAUGCACUGACGAAGCAUGGCUUGUUGCCGCAGGCCGUGGUGGAUGGGUUCGACAAGUUGCCGAAUUUCUCCAAGUGGGCGCGUGAGGUUAGCAAGCUGGAGAGUGUGACGUUCAUCUGGGAUGAGCAAGCUACGAUGGAGGCGACGAGGAAGAGGAUUGAGAAGAUGAAGGCACAGGCGAAGUAACAAGUUAGAAUCAUCAAGACGUUUGUUUUC